GAUAUGCCAUUUUAUCUGGCCAAGAUUUACUUGGCUGGAAGGUAGUCUGUCAUUCGUCAGAUUAUCAUUUUUUUAGUCAAUUUUUUUGAGUUCAGGGUUUCAUGACUUGUUAUAUUCAUAUAUCUCUGAAAUCUGAGAUUUAGAUCCAUUUAGGCAGGCAUCACUACAACAGUUUCGGUUGUUUGCUUGAUCACUAUAUUUCGGUGCAUCUCAUUAUUAUCUGCUUGUAGCUCUCUGUUUACCAUGCUUGCAUGCUGUUGUUUUUCUUAUUUACCUCUCCAACCAUAUAUCACUUGUAUUUGUGUAUACAGCCUUUGAGGGUUGGAAGUUCCUGAUUUAUUCUAGUUGUGGGCUACAAGCUUGGGCUAUGCUGUGCAGAAAAACGUCAUAGUCUAUUAGUUAUGUUGUUAUUGGUGUUUUGAUAAAUUUUUUAUAUCUGUAUAUUACGUGGUCGCCAUUCUCAGGUUUUUGUCCAAUUCUACAAAAUUGGGGUUUGUUAGCAUGCACAUUUUCAGCUGAAAAUUCUGUGUUAAAUAGACAUUUACUUGCUGAGGGAGGGGAUGAAUGCCAGUAGCGGCUCAACCUACCCUUUUUGUAGAUGACAUAGAACUCCUUACGACCUUGCAGGCUUUUGUUUGGAUGGAAUAUCUUUCAUAACACUGUUAAAUGUUGAAAGCAUCCAUGUGGAGAUUAUUUUGCCUCCCAGAUCUUCAUAGUUCAAGGUUCAUUGUGCCUUCGCCUCCUUCUAUUCAUUAUCUGGGUUUCCAAUUUCCUAGAUGUAAUUGCUGAGAAGCUACCUCCCACGUCUCGACUAGUUAGCCUUCCUAGUUCUGGAAUUUUUGAGCCUAUAGAAAUAUCGCCUUCAGUUUUACCACAUUAUCCCUUUCCUGGGAAGGCUUUGCCACCAAUGUAUCCAUCCUUCCCGAAGACAUACAAACCAGUCUUGACUGGUAGAUGCCCAUUUAAUUUCUCUUCCAUUUCAAGUAUCAUGGACAAAACAGCAUCAGACUGUUCUCAACUUUUAGCACCACUUGUAGGAAAUGUAAUAUGUUGCCCACAAUUUGGUAGUUCACUUCACAUAUUUCAGGGACAUUACACUAAAAAUUCUGAUAGUUUAGUUCUUCAAAAUACCACUGCUGAUGAUUGUUUCUCGGAUAUUAUGGAAGUCUUGGCCAGCAGAGGUGCAAACGGCUCAGUGCCAGCUAUGUGCUCUAUGAAAUCAUCAAAUCUAACUGGUGGUUCUUGUCCUGUGAAGGACUUAAAUACGUUUGAGAAAACAGUAAACACAAGCAAAUUAUUGGAGGCUUGUAGUGUAAUUGAUCCUCUUAAGGAGUGCUGCAGAUCAGUUUGUCAACCGGCAAUUGUGGAGGCUGCGUUUCAGGUUUCCUCAUCACAGUCAGUGGUUGGUGAGAACAUGGAGGCAGGCAUAUCUACUCAUGUUGAUGUGCUAAAUGACUGCAAAGGGGUUGUGUAUUCAUGGCUUUCAAGAAAACUUCCAUCAGAGGCUGCAGAUUCUUCUUUUCGAAUAUUAGCCGCCUGUAAAGUUAACAAAGUUUGCCCUUUGGAAUUCAAGCAGCCAGUUGAGGUGAUUAAAGCUUGUCGCAAUGUGGCUGCUCCUAGUCCUUCAUGCUGUAGUUCACUGAAUUCUUACAUUGCGGGAGUACAAAAGCAGAUGUUAAUUACAAACAGACAAGCAAUAAUCUGUGCAUCAGUUUUUGGGUCCAUGCUACGGAAAAGCGGAAUAUUGACAGACGUUUAUGAGCUCUGUGAUGUUGACUUGAAAGAUUUUAGCCUCCAAGCCUAUGGAGAAGAAGGGUGUCUACUUAGAAGCUUGCCUGCGGAUGUAGUGUAUGACAAUUCAAGUGGAUUCAGCUUUACAUGCGACUUGAGCGAUAAUAUUGUAGCUCCAUGGCCUUCAUCAUCAUCUAUGUCAUCCUUCUCUCUUUGUGCUCCUGAGAUGUCAUUGCCUGCACUACCAACAUCAGAGACGGAAUAUCCUGGGUGCAAUGGGUAUGGCGUUGUUUUGGAUGUCGUCCUGAUAAUCGUGUUUGUGCUUUUUAUAGUUCCUUUGAAUGAUUAUUAGUGGUAGCUGAGAAUUUGAAUUAGAGACUGGUGUAUAUGUAUAUUUUCAGAAUGAUAUUUUUUCAAUGUAUAGUGUGCCCCAUUUGUUAUGGGUUUUGUUCUGGAUAAUGUUUACACCAAAUGACUGGCUUUAUGUGGUAUAUAUUAUAUCAUAUAUACAUCAUCCUUUUCA